GCGCACGUCCUCGACGGCUGCCCUCGGCCUAGAGCGGACCAGACCCGCUGCGGCCGCCCCGACAGGCACAGCUUCUGGACCCCUUGGUGCCGGGCGCCAGGGCUGGCCGCCUCACCGGAGCCGCUUCGCCCCCCGCGGGUGGCAGCGGUGGCGGCGGCGUCGAGGCCGUCGUGGACUUCUACGGGCGCUCGUCGCCCGGCCAGUUCGGCGCUCUGGGGGCCUGCUACAAUCCCGGCGGGCAGCUCGGGGGCGGCAGCGGAGGCCCCUAUGCUCGCCACGCCACCGCCUAUCCAGGCGGGGUGGAUCGGUUUGUGUCCGCUAUGUGAGCCGAGAGUAGGGACGGAAAUGCAGUGAUACCCGGCUGUCCACGCGAACUAAACUGACUCACGCCUUGAGGACAGAAGCAUAGGACGGAGUUGGGCCUCACCUGGAGGGGGCCUGCGUCUCCUGGCGCUGCGGCUGUAUACAUCCGGUUUGCUUUAUAAAUGUGAGAAGCUGCACCCGGUUCGACUGACACAAGGGGUCCAAGGUCGGCAAAGCCCCAACAGACGUUCUACCGGGAAAGGUCCUUGGUGACACUGGGGGUGGGGGAAUGUAACGUCUACACCAGAAUUCUGGAUCCCAAUUAUGGGGAAUCAUAGUUUCACCCUUUGGCUACGUAAAAUCGGGCUCUUUUUCAUUGGUUCGGCGGCCCCUUGUGCCUUUGACUAUGUUACUACAAUAAAGGGCUGCGAUGGCACCUUUCUUCUUAAAGUAUAGAGGACUUGAUUGAGAGAGAGAGAGAAGAAAGAAACUGCAGCUCCUUUUCUUAUUUUAUAUGAAAAAUCUGCUCCCGUUGACCUGGGCUGCCGCUGAGAAUUGUAGGCCUAGGUCGCAGUCCAAACCGUGCCCAGCUCCCAGUCCAAACCGUGCCCAGCUCCCAGUCCUAUCACCUGAACCUUUAGCCUAAGUGCUAUGCAAGAGGCCUUCACAAUUCUACUCAGCCCCUUAUUAUACUUAGGGGCCCCAUCAUCUUGGAAGCCACCCUGUGUAUUUGGCAGCAUAUGUGGGCCACCCAGGGCUUCUGAGUAGCCACCCAAAACCUAACCACCAUUUGGGGAAUUGGAACAGAUCAUGGCAGGCAUCUAACCUAAAAUCCUAGGAUUAGCUCCAAGCACCAGUUAUAGCACAAUUUGAGCAGGAUGUGCUGGUCAUUCCACAGCUAUUACUGCCCCAUCACAAAUCUGGUUUUCUGGUGAGGCAAAGAACUACAUUCAUCCUUUGUCCAAGACUUCUUUUCAUCAAGUAGUCCUGGACCCAACGGGUAAACUCAAAUUCAAGAAGAGAGAAUUCUAGGGAGCCUGUCUGUGGGCAAGUUCUGUCAGUAGUUGGGUUAGGUCUUCCAUCGUGGCACCCUCUCUUACACCUUAACAACCUCCCCACUGGGAAAAGGAAAGAGAAGAAUUAAAUUUAGUGACCAGCAAAGUAUUUCAGAGAGAAAUUGAACUUUUAAUUUCAUUUUGUAUCUUGUUUGUUUAAGCAGCCAGCUUACCAAAGUCAGAAAAUCCAACAACUCUCUGGCCUGUUUCAAUUCUAAAGGGAAAUUUUCCAAUGUUAGAUAUUUCAGAGACUCUAUUCACAGAUUUCCGAUAAACCUGAGUGUUCAGGUGAAGUGAAUAAAAAUCACUGCUGUCACUGCAGGGAUGAGAGGUAUAACCCAGGGGUACAAUGCUUGUCUAUCAUGCUCAAGGCCCUGAGUUCAAUCUCCAGUACAAAAAUUUAAAAAAAAGAAAAGGAAAAUUGAACAAGUGAGUUCCAGUAAGAGAAACUGAGCCUCCUUCUGCAGUUUUUUUUUGUGUGUGUGUGGGGGGGAGGGAAGGGGGAGAGUAGGUCUGAAAAAAAUGUAUGAAAAUCAUUGGUAAUUUUUAUGUUUUGUUUCGGGAACUGCACUAUCCUUUUCAGAAAGACAUAAGCUUGGUUCAGCCCAGAUGGGAGUGUUCUAGUAGCUACAUUAAUAAACAGGUGAGAUUAAUUUAA